UUACCACCUGAUGAUGUCAUUCUAGGAGCAGAUUCAGGAGGGCCUGAUAAAGUGUCAAGACUCAUAUGGAUAAGGAAAUCAACCAGUGUUGGAGUGAUUCAUAUUAGAAACAGACCAAAAUACCCUACUGAUGGCUAAUUCUAGGGAUGUGCCUGUGAAGUUAUUCCAUAAUUACCAGCAAAAGAGAGGGUUUGGCAUAUUUUGCUUUUACACAUUCCUCAACCUGCUGUCCAGGGCUAAUCUCACUUUGGAAGAAGCUCCAUUGAGAUGUCAGCUCAAGGGUUUACAAGAUGCAUCUUGUGUUAAGGUCUAUUUCCUAGCCUGUCAGAAAGAGACUGCAAGAAAUCCAGAGGAGAGCAACACAGAGGAAUAGAAGAAAAAGGAUUGACUUAAGAGGAGAGAUUGAAAAGGAGACAGUUUGAGAGAUGGCUUUUUUUUUUUUCCAAGUGGAAAAGCAAUUCCAGGAGGCCAAUGGUUGGUACUGUAAAUGGAGUUGUGAUUUCCAGAAACCACUGGGUAUGGAGGAAAGCAGAGCCGCUAAAGGACCCCUGAAAUAGAGGCAAAACUUCAUUAAAUAAAAAGUAUUUAGGGUAUUUGAGAAUUACAACCAAGAGGAGAGCAAGGAGAGGGAUUAACUACAAGUAAUGGAAAAAUAGAAAGAAUUGAGGACUAACAUUAACAUCUGAAGAAAAUCUGUUUAACUAACCAUUAGCUAAUAUCUUUUAGCGUAAAAGACAUUGAUUCCAUUGCGGUUAAACCAGUGUAGGCUGAUUAAGUCUGAGCUUCUGCUACUAUGGAAUAAUGAAAGCAAAUGAGUGGUAUAGAUCCUGGUACAUCCCAUGCUGUCUAUCCAAAGGGAUAAGGAAAAUGCACUGCUAGGACUAUCUUCCCAUGCCUCCGGGCUCUGCUAUUUCAUCAGCACAGCUGCUGCUUCUGCUGGAAGGAAGGAAAGGAAGAAGCUUGGAAGAGAAGAGAGCAGAUCCUUAUUUCCCAUCACUGAUACAACCGGCAAAGCAAGAAAUGUGCUGCUAAAGGGACUUUUCCCCAAGGUUCCAUGGGUACCAUCAUGAACUCCCACAUACAUAUUACACACCCUUGGGUUGAUUUCAUGUCCACCUGUGAGCCAUCUGGAACCUGUAAGACUGCUGCCAUUCAAAAGGUAUAUAACCUGCCCUCCAAAAGUCUUCCCAGUCCAGCUGAGAGGAUCUGGUGGAGAUGAAGACUGCUCUUGUCACCUUGCUGGCUGCUGUCCUGUGUGUGGAGCAAGCUUACUCAUUUAUGUGCUAUGUGUGCCAAGAACAGGAGUCCAACAAGGACUGUUUGACCAUUUCCAUGUGCCCAAAGGAAGACAAAUACUGCGUGACUAUCCGUAACAACAUUGGAACAGAGCCCAACAAGCCUAAAUACGUCAUCUCUAAGAUGUGCUCUCCAACGUGUCCUGCAACAAGCCAGCAGCAAACCCCACACUAUCAGAGGGUUUCUUGCUGUGAGAAACCAUUAUGCAAUGUGAAUGGAGCCAGCAGCAAGCAAAGCAGCUAUGGAGUGAUGUCCCUAGGUGUCCUAGCCAGCAUCACUUACAUGUGGACUGUGAUGGAUUAGGAAAAACUCUCCAUGAUGGCUUUGUUGGCUGAAAUAAAAGCGUGUUGCUCUGGGAUAACUGCUGCUAUCAAAGAGUUGUGCUUUGAGAGAAUCUAAACAAGUUGGGUGCUGAACUCCCAUUGAUUUCCUAAGCCUGCUUGAAUCUUAAGUGUCCCCAGAUAUUCAAGUCACCGAAGGAAACAGACAAAAGACAGACUUCUUGGCAUGUUUGGGCUUCAAAUCAUUACAGCUCUGAAGAGAUGCUCUAAGACAUAUUUUUGUCUCUUAAGGUUUCAAAGAACUGUACGGAAU